CUUACUUCGUCUCUAAAACAGCAUGCCAGGGGAAAAUCAUAGCUAGAAGACUACAUGCCUUUCAGCCUAGCCUUCUAACAGUUGCUCAAUACGGUGGAGCAUGUUUGUUUUCAUUCAUAGUUGAACCGCUGUUUGGGAAAUGCCAUCUAUUUCACAACGCAUAGCCGUAGUAACUUUGCACGAGUGACACCGGAUACCCUCCCGCGCUUUACCGUCCAAUACAGUCAUUGUCAGCGUAUCAGCUUUUCACAACACACACGCUCGUAUCAGAACCUAGUGCUGAGUACUAAUCAUCUAAGCUCGCCGGGGCCCUCUGGACAACGCGCUCCGAACCAGCCUACCCACGACAUCCCUGCUAUCCCCCUUCGCUUGCCCACAAUGCCUGUGGCACGACUGGUUCAUCAUCUCUGUGACCUCACCCUCGAGUUCCUCGCUGUUGGUAUCUAUGUCAGCGCCAUCUACACCACCGGCUUGCUCCUGCCCGCUGCAGUCUUCCUCUUCUGGUGUCAUGGCGCUGCCAGCCUGGCCGCCUGGGCCGUACUCCUCGCCUUCCUCGCCCUGACCUUCACUCCGCUCCGCCUGACCACCGGGGCCCUGUCAGAGCGAUUCGUGCAGUUCUCCCUGCGACGAGCGGCGGCGUACUUCCCCGCACGCCUCGUUGUUGCUGAUGCGGGCGCCUUCCGAGACGACCGCGGUUACGUCUUUGGCUUCUGUCCGCAUUCGGCGCUGCCCAUCGCACUACCGUUGACGUUUGCAACGAACUCGCCCAUGCUGCCGAAGGAACUUAGAGGUCGCACGCACGGUCUGGCCUCGUCGGUUUGCUUCCAGGCGCCGAUUGUACGGCAGUUGUACUGGUGGUUGGGUGUACGGCCGGCUACGAAGGAGGCGAUGCGGGGUUUGCUGCGCGAGCGGAAGGUGGCGGUGUUGGUGCCGGGCGGCGUGCAGGAGGUGCUGCACAUGGAGCACGGACGCGAGGUCGCCUACCUAUCCUCCCGUACCGGCUUCGUACGCAUCGCCAUUCAGUGCGGAGCCCCCUUGGUCCCGGUAUGGGCCUUUGGCCAGACCCGAGCCUACAGCUGGUUCCGCCCCGGCCCGCCCCUGGUACCCUCCUGGCUGGUGGCGCGCAUGUCGCGGGCAUUUGGUGCCGUACCCAUUGGCAUGUACGGCGCGUACUUUACCGCCAUGCCGCACCGCGAGCCGCAGACGGUGGUGGUGGGGCGACCCAUUCCGGUGCCGCACAUGGAGGAUCCGCCCGCUGAGGUGGUUUCGGAGCUGCUGGAGAGGUUCAUCACGGAGCUGCAGGCAUUGUACGACAAGCACAAGGCGCAGUACGGCAAGGGGGAGGAGCUGACAAUCUUGUAGAGUUGCGCGUUGACAGCUGUUGAUCUCCUUGCGGAUAGCAACAGCGGCAGAUGCUGCGGCGGGGCGGCAACGUUGCAACCUAGAAUGGCGUGCUUUGAAACGCUACAGUCGCAUGUACGAGAGUAUACGAGAG